AUGACUGAAUCGACUCAAGGAAAGACAAUUAAAUGUAAAGCUGCCGUUGCAUGGGAAGCUGGGAAGCCAUUGAGCAUUGAGGAUAUUGAAGUUGGGGCCCCAAAAGCUCAUGAAGUUCGUAUUAAGGUGUUGAAUACUGGUGUUUGCCACACAGAUGCCUACACGUUAAGUGGGGUCGAUCCCGAAGGUGCCUUUCCAGUAGUUUUGGGACACGAAGGUGCCGGUAUCGUCGAAUCCAUUGGUGAAGGUGUUACUAGUGUAAAGGUUGGUGACCAUGUCAUUGCCUUAUAUACUCCUGAGUGCAGGGAGUGUAAAUUUUGUAAGUCAGGUAAAACCAAUUUAUGUGGUAAAAUAAGAAGCACUCAAGGAAAAGGUGUUAUGCCUGAUGGAACUAGCAGAUUUACCUGUAGAGGUAAAGAAUUGUUGCACUUCAUGGGUUGCUCUACUUUCUCUCAAUAUACUGUCGUAGCCGACAUCUCAGUUGUUGCUGUCAAUCCUGAUGCCAAACCAGACAGAACAUGUCUCUUAGGCUGUGGAAUUACAACCGGUUAUGGUGCUGCUACAAUUACUGCGAAUGUACAAAAAGGUGAUAACGUCGCUGUUUUUGGGGCUGGUUGCGUCGGCUUAUCAGUUGUUCAAGGUGCUGCUGAGAGAAAGGCUAACAAGAUUAUUGUCGUUGAUAUAAAUGACAAAAAAGAACAAUGGGCAAAGCAAUUCGGUGCAACAGACUUUGUUAAUAGUGCUAAGUUACCUAGUGGAACUACAAUUGUCGAUAAAUUAAUUGAAAUGACCGAUGGUGGUUGCGAUUACACAUUUGACUGCACGGGUAAUGUUGAAGUAAUGCGGAAUGCUUUGGAGGCUUGCCAUAAAGGUUGGGGUACGUCCAUUAUCAUUGGUGUAGCUCCAGCAGGAAAAGAGAUUCACACUAGACCAUUCCAAUUAGUGACUGGUAGAGUCUGGAAAGGCGCUGCCUUCGGAGGAGUGAAAGGUAGAACACAAUUGCCUGGUAUCGUCGAUGACUAUAUGGAAGGAAAGUUGAAGGUGGACGACUUUAUAACUCAUAGACACCCCUUGGAGAAAAUUAACACUGCAUUUGAUGAUAUGCAUGCAGGUGAUUGUAUCAGGGCAGUUAUUGAUUUAUAA